CGGCGCGGCCGCGGGCCAGGCGCGGAGGUGCGCGCGGAGCGAGGUGGCCGCAGCGUCUCCGCGCGCGGCCCAAGCCCGUCAGGAGCGCGGAACCGCCGCCUCGGCCAUGCGGCUCCCGGCCCGGGGGCCUGGGCUGGGGCCCGCGCCGCCCCCCGCGCACCGCCCCCGCUGAGCCUGCGCCCGACCCGGGGCGCCUCCGCCCGGCACCAUGGUGCAGAAGUCGCGCAACGGCGGCGUGUACCCCGGCCCGAGCGGGGAGAAGAAGCUGAAGGUGGGCUUCGUGGGGCUGGACCCCGGCGCGCCCGACUCCACCCGGGACGGGGCGCUGCUGAUCGCCGGCUCCGAGGCCCCCAAGCGCGGCAGCAUCCUCAGCAAACCUCGCGCGGGCGGCGCGGGCGCCGGGAAGCCCCCCAAGCGCAACGCCUUCUACCGCAAGCUGCAGAAUUUCCUCUACAACGUGCUGGAGCGGCCGCGCGGCUGGGCGUUCAUCUACCACGCCUACGUGUUCCUCCUGGUGUUCUCCUGCCUCGUGCUGUCUGUGUUUUCCACCAUCAAGGAGUAUGAGAAGAGCUCGGAGGGGGCCCUCUACAUCCUGGAAAUCGUGACUAUCGUGGUGUUUGGCGUGGAGUACUUCGUGCGGAUCUGGGCCGCAGGCUGCUGCUGCCGGUACCGUGGCUGGAGGGGACGGCUCAAGUUUGCCCGGAAGCCGUUCUGUGUGAUUGACAUCAUGGUGCUCAUCGCCUCCAUUGCGGUGCUGGCCGCCGGCUCCCAGGGCAAUGUCUUUGCCACAUCCGCGCUGCGGAGCCUGCGCUUCCUGCAGAUUCUACGGAUGAUCCGCAUGGACCGGCGGGGAGGCACCUGGAAGCUACUGGGCUCUGUGGUCUAUGCCCACAGCAAGGAGCUGGUCACCGCCUGGUACAUCGGCUUCCUCUGUCUCAUCCUGGCCUCGUUCCUGGUGUACUUGGCAGAGAAGGGGGAGAACGACCACUUUGACACCUACGCAGAUGCACUCUGGUGGGGCCUGAUCACGCUGACCACCAUUGGCUACGGGGACAAGUACCCACAGACCUGGAACGGCAGGCUCCUGGCGGCAACCUUCACCCUCAUCGGUGUCUCCUUCUUCGCGCUUCCUGCAGGCAUCUUGGGGUCUGGCUUUGCCCUGAAGGUUCAGGAGCAGCACCGGCAGAAGCACUUUGAGAAGAGGCGGAACCCGGCUGCAGGCUUGAUCCAGUCGGCCUGGAGAUUCUACGCCACCAACCUCUCGCGCACAGACCUGCACUCCACGUGGCAGUACUACGAGCGCACGGUCACCGUGCCCAUGUACAGUUCGCAAACUCAAACCUACGGGGCCUCCAGACUCAUCCCCCCGUUGAAUCAGCUGGAGCUGCUGAGGAACCUCAAGAGUAAAUCUGGACUUGCUUUCAGGAAGGAGCCCCCGCCGGAGCCGUCUCCAAGUAAAGGCAGCCCGUGCAGAGGGCCCCUGUGUGGAUGCUGCCCCGGACGCUCUAGCAGCCAGAAGGUCAGUUUGAAAGAUCGUGUCUUCUCCAGCCCCCGAGGCGUAGCUGCCAAGGGGAAGGGGUCCCCGCAGGCCCAGACUGUGCGGCGGUCGCCCAGCGCCGACCAGAGCCUCGAGGACAGCCCCAGCAAGGUGCCCAAGAGCUGGAGCUUCGGGGACCGCAGCCGGGCGCGCCAGGCUUUCCGCAUCAAGGGCGCCGCGUCACGGCAGAACUCCGAAGAAGCAAGCCUCCCUGGAGAGGACAUUGUGGAUGACAAGAGCUGCCCCUGCGAGUUUGUGACUGAGGACCUGACCCCGGGCCUCAAAGUCAGCAUCAGAGCCGUGUGUGUCAUGCGGUUCCUGGUGUCCAAGCGGAAGUUCAAGGAGAGCCUGCGGCCCUACGACGUGAUGGACGUCAUUGAGCAGUACUCAGCCGGCCACCUGGACAUGCUGUCCCGAAUCAAGAGCCUGCAGUCCAGGAUAGAUAUGAUUGUGGGCCCCCCACCCCCUUCAACUCCCCGGCACAAGAAGUACCCCACCAAAGGACCCACGGCCCCUCCGAGAGAGUCACCCCAGUACUCACCUAGAGUGGACCAGAUUGUGGGGCGGGGCCCAGCGAUCACGGACAAGGACCGCACCAAGGGCCCGGCCGAGGCGGAGCUGCCGGAGGACCCCAGCAUGAUGGGACGGCUUGGGAAGGUGGAGAAGCAGGUCUUGUCCAUGGAGAAGAAGCUGGACUUCCUGGUGAACAUCUACAUGCAGCGGAUGGGCAUCCCCCCGACAGAGACUGAGGCCUACUUUGGGGCCAAAGAGCCGGAGCCGGCACCUCCGUACCAUAGCCCGGAAGACAGCCGGGAGCACGUCGACAGGCACGGCUGCAUCGUCAAGAUUGUGCGCUCCAGCAGCUCCACGGGCCAGAAGAACUUCUCGGCGCCCCCGGCUGCGCCCCCUGUCCAGUGUCCGCCCUCCACCUCCUGGCAGCCACAGAGCCACCCGCGCCAGGGCCACGGCACCUCCCCCGUGGGGGACCCUGGCUCCCUGGUGCGCAUCCCGCCGCCACCUGCCCAUGAGCGGUCACUGUCCGCCUACGGCGGGGGCAACCGCGCCAGCACAGAGUUCCUGAGGCAGGAGGACGCCCCGGGCUGCAGGCCCCCCGAGGGGACUCUGCGGGACAGCGACACGUCCAUCUCCAUCCCGUCCGUGGACCACGAGGAGCUGGAGCGUUCCUUCAGCGGCUUCAGCAUCUCCCAGUCCAAGGAGAACCUGGAUGCUCUCAACAGCUGCUACGCGGCCGUGGCGCCUUGUGCCAAAGUCAGGCCCUACAUCGCGGAGGGAGAGUCAGACACCGACUCCGACCUCUGUACCCCCUGCGGGCCCCCGCCACGCUCGGCCACCGGCGAGGGCCCCUUUGGUGACGUGGGCUGGGCCGGGCCCAGGAAGUGAGGCAGCGCUGGGCCAGUGGACCCGUCCGCGGCCCUCCUCAGCACAGUGCCUCCGAGGUUUUGAGGCAGGAACCCUCUGGGGCCCUUUUGUUACAGUAACUGAGUGUGGCGGGAAGGGUGGGCCCUGGAGGGGCCCAUGUGGGCUGAAGGACGGGGCUCCUGGCAGUGACCUUUUACAGAAGUUAUUUUCCGACAGGGGCUGGAGGGCCAGGCAGGGCCCUGUGGCUCCAGGAGCAGCGUGCAGCAGUAAGGCCGCCCUGUCCACUCUGCUCAGGGCUGUGGCAGACAUCGGCCUGGUGUGAGGAGGGGCGGGAGUGAUGACGGGGUGUGGCUGGCAUGGCGACGGGCGGGGGAUGGUCUCAGGGAGCCAAGCCCAGGGGAGGCACAAGGGGCCUGUUCCAUGAGGACCUGUGGGCCUUGGGGCCUGGUGGGAUUUCUGGGCAGCUGCGGGUGGGUGUGGCCGGCCACUGCGCGUGGCCUCUGCCCUCACACCUGGCCUGCCCGGCGGACUUUCCCGUGCCCCACCUCAGGGGUGCCCAAUUACAGAGCUAUUGAUUGGCA